CUACUGCCACGCUUCGCGCACUCUUUCCUUCGCAAUCUCCGCGCUUGCCCCGCGAUUGGACUGAGCUCGAUUAACCAUCUGGUCCGUCGACCUUAUUAAAUCUUCACUCCCACUCCCCACGCUUGUUUCCCUCAUACUUUCUGGUCCCUGGACCUUACUUCACUCUUCCUCCCCGCGCGUGUUUCCCUCGUCUACCGCCACAAGACUUACUCUCUGGUCGACGGUCAACAUGCGCCUUCUCAGCAAAACCCUCCUCUCGGUGCUCUCCGGAACCGCCUGGGUUCUGGAUGGCGUCCAGGCUGGCGCUCCGGUUCCGCGUGGCCAAGAUGUGAAAGGCGCCGACAAAGAUGGCAAGUAUUGGAUCUACGGCGAGGGGAUUGCUGCGUCGUUCAUACCCUACGGAGCCUCGAUCUCAAACUUGCUCAUCAAAGACAAGAACGGAUUCGUCCGAGACGUCGUGAUGGGGUUCGAUAAUGCGAGCUACUACUCGAUUGACAAGGUUCACCCGCACCUCGGCGGUGUCCCCGGCCGCUAUGCGAACCGCAUUAAGAACAGCACAUUCGAGUUGGACGGCCAGACCUACCACGUCACUCCCAACGAGAACCCCACUGCCGCCAACCCCCAGGGCGUCGACACGCUCCACGGUGGACCGGAUGGUUGGGACUGGCGCAACUUUACGGUCGUUGCCCACACCAAUCGAUCCAUUACCUUCUCCAUUGUGGAUCCGGACGGCAAGGAAGGCUUCCCAGGCGAGGUCGUCUCGUACAUCACGUACACGAUGGGCAACAUGACGUGGGACGGCAAGAUGGUGGCCAUCGCUACCACCAAGAAGACGCCCAUCAUGCUGAGCAGCCAUACCUACUGGAACCUGGACGGCUUUUCCAACAACGAGACCAACCUAAUCCUCAACCACACGUUCUACCUGCCCUACAGCGGCCAGCGCGUGGCGGUGGACAACAUCCUGAUCCCGACCGGCGAGAUCGUGGCCAACCCCAAGGGCUCGGUCAACGAUUUCUGGAGCGCACCCAAGCAGAUCGGGAAGAGCUGGAACGACCCCGAGAUCCACGGAAACUGCGGGUUCAACUGCACCGGCUAUGAUACCUGCUUUCUCGUCAACCGGCAGAAGCCGUACGACUGGCGCGCUCCCGACGGCUACGUGGCCAGCCUGUGGUCCGACUGGUCCGGCAUCCGGCUCAAGACGACGCAGGGCCACCCCACCGGCUCGUCCUCCUCCAAGACCAAGUUCCCGCGCACCGUGCCCCAGUACGGCUGCGUCGUGCUGGAGGUUGAGGACUGGAUCGACGGCAUCAACUACCCCGAGUGGGGCCGCCUGGGCAGGCAGGUCAUCGAGCCCGGCGGUGAUCCGUACGUGCUGCAGUUCCGUUAUAAGUUUACCGUGGGCUGAGUCAGGGCGAGGGGAAUGUUUGGGGACUUGGUGAGGGAGGAUAUCAUCUGCCGAUUUGGUUGAGCACAGUGCGUGCGGACGCGGAUAUAGCGUCCUUCUAGGGUAGCCACGGU